AUGGACGACAGUGUCACUAGAAAGCAAUCGGCAGGCAGCAUGGAACUAGACCUUUCGUCUUCCCAACAAACAUCCCAGCCCGCACAAGAUACGUCAAGCUGCUGGGCGACAUCGACGGCGUCUGCCGGAAUGGGUGCUUUUGGCUUCACAUCCGCGCCUCCUGAUAUGUCGAUACCAUCAUUCGACCCAGCGAUUGCUGCAUUCGCCGACAUGGCUUUUACGCCGCCCCUCCAGGCACCAUCGUCAUCCGCUUUUCCUGCGGAGAAGAACACAAUGACAAGCUUACGGCCCGAUUCAAUUCAAGCUCGGUACUUUCACGACAAGAAGAGGAUCAAGGUCGAACCGGAUACCUCGGCCUUGGAUUCCAUAGAUUACUGGGUAUCAUUUGAUGACGAUUUGGACAAGAUGGGUAGCUUUGAAAUUGAUUAUUCCAAACGACCUCAUCCACUCGGUCAAAGCGGACCUGGCAUAGUAUGCGACUCGAUACCUGGCCUUGGUAGCGGACUGUACUCUACCUCGACCGCCCCAUUUCGAGAAGAAGACUUUUUCGACGACAGUGCCUUUGAGCAGGCCCUCUCAGACGACGAGGAGAUGCUCGAAUCCACCGCCAAGCCAGGAGAGAACACGACACAACUAGAGAAUACAUCAGCAUCACAACAAGCCAUCAACAAUAACGGGCCGCUUUCUAUCAGGUCUCAAGAUGCGAACCGUUUUGAGCCUGGGCCACGCCCACGGCUUGAACCAGCACAUAAAGAUGUAUCCAAGGAAAUGAGCCAGACCUACCCGCAAGGCCCGGAACCCGACGUCGAUGAACAGCGACGCUUUCUGGAAGAAGCGUUGCACUCUGGUAGAAUUCCUGGGGCUCUGAUACCACCCAACGGGUUCGAAAUAGGGUUUGGUGCUGGCAUGGGAUGUAGGCCACCGCAGGAAUUCAUGAACCGGCCGUUCAGCCCGUCGGGGAAGCCUGCAGAGAGUCAAAGUACUUCAAGAGGCACCAGCAAAACGCAAACCGGCGAGGUGACGGAUGAGACGGCAUCGAAACAGCCGACCACGAAACGGCCAACGACAACAAGAACAGGCUCUUCGAAGAAAUCAACCACAGGAGGAGCAUCAAAGCCUCGAUCUGCGGAUCGAAUAGCUCACAAUGAUGUCGAACGAAAAUAUCGAACAAAUUUGAAGGACAGGAUUGCCGAGUUGCGCGCAGCAGUACCUUCGUUGCAGGCUUCUGGAGGUGACGGAGACUCGGAAGGCGGCUCCGCAGGUGGUCAGCAAAACGCCGCCAAAAUUAGCAAGGAACCCGACAGCGUUUCUGUCCGCCCCUUCUGCUCGAUCGCUCAUGACCCGCCGGAAUCCUAA